AUGUCCCAGAAUCCGAGUGCAGAAUCGUUGCUUUCGGGCUUGCAGCAGGCAUGCUUGAUCGUGGCCUCCUUCCUCGUGCAGGUGGUGGUCUUGGGGCUCUUCUACUCCUAUGGCACACUUUUCGCUGCAUUGAAGGCAGACACGGGUGAUGCAGCCAGCACUCUGGCACUUGUGGGUUCAAUUCGGGACUUUGUAUUCGCCGCAGGGGCUGCGCCAGCAGGAUUCCUGGUCCAUCGCGUCGGCUUCGUGCGGAUGCCUGCAAUUGGAGCAGCAUUACUUGUGCUCAGCAUGCUUGCCGACAGCUACGCCCCCUCCAGCUACUUCCUCUUCUUAACCUGUAGUUUGCUUGGUGGGGUGGCCAUGGCCAUGAUCUUCACCCCAGCCCUGACGGUCCUCUAUGGACAAGGCCAUAUCAGUCGAAGAUUUCUGCCUGUGGCUGUAGGUCUGGCUUCGUCCGGCGGAGGUCUUGGAACUGUCGUGGUUAACCUGGGCCUGGACGUUCUGCUGGAUAGCUUCAGCUGGAGGGGUGCUCUUCGGAUUUGCUGUGGUGCCUUUGGCCUACUGCUGUUAGUUUCCGUAGUUGCUCUCUGGUGCGGCCUUCGUCACCAUAAGAAAGCCGGAGAAUCCACCAGCGAUUAUCAAGAGCUGCGGAGUGGCAGCCCCGUCCGAGACUUCUUGCAGCCCUUCAGCGACUUCCAGUUUUUGCUGCUCAACGCUUCCUUGUUCCUCUAUUGCAUUGGCUUCAUGGUGCCCUACACGCACCUCGUGUACUAUGCUGAAAACGAGAGGGGCCUGGAAAUCUCAGGCGAACUAACUUCACUGCUUGGCGGAGGUGGUGCAGCGGCGCGUCUUUGCUUUGGCCUUUUCUCUGCGUUUGUGAGGCCUUCGAGGCUUUUCCUGGUCGUGCUGCUCGUGACGGGGGCAUCCCUAAUUUGCCUGCCCUUCUGCGACGACACUGUUGAACUGAAGACAUUCUCUGCCAUUUAUGGCUUCGCUUCUGGAGGCCGUGUUGUUCUCUUGUCUUUGCUUCUCAACGAGCUCUUCGACGCGCAGAGAGUAGCGCACCUCUACGGACUUGCUGGCAUUCCGAUCGCAGUCGGUACGCUUCUUGGGCCCACCUUCGUCGGAAAAGUCUAUGACCUCAGUGGCCACUAUGACGGCGCCUUCUUCGCGGCAGGUGGGAUCGUGCUCUUGGCAGAUACCAUCUCCGGGCAGAAAACGAUCGAGCUGUCGGAAGCUGCGCAGGUCUACGAGGAGCAACAGUUCGAGGUGUUGUGUGAAGCUCAGUGCACAGAUGCUGGGCUGGAGGUCUUAGAGGACCCACUGGGCGAACAUGGCCCUCUCCCUGAGGAAGUGAAGGCAGAUUGUUCUGGUCGAGUGGGGAAAGUCACGGCCCUCACUGCAGCUGACUUCUCUGGUGUGCUCGCUGAGGAGGUUACAUCAGUGGACUAUUCGUCAGAGCUCAAGCAUCUGGCGUGGCAUCCAGAAGUCGCUGCGCGCGAUGCCUCCGUCGCCUAUCAGGUGGGUGCCGGUCGCAGCCGGUGGCUCCAAGCCGAGGACGAGAUCGCUGUGCCCUGGUCGCAGCUUAUGCCGCUGGUGGAUCAGCUCCAGGAGUCUUUCUCAAUUCUUCCCGCGGACAACGUGGUCUUUAUCGGCCUAGGCACGGGUGCGCACCUUGCCAUUGCCCUUGCCUAUUCGCUCAUCGAAAAGCGUGGGAUUAUCCCGGCGCGCCUCUACACCGUGUGCCCCCCAACAGUGUGGCCUUCUAGUGGUGCUCCACCGGCAGGUGCCCUGGUGACGACCCCCAUCCGCUACCUGACCUGCCCGGAGUCUGUGGCUGGGCCACCCUGGCGCCUGGAGACGGCGACCUAUGGCGACUUCAAGCAACAGCACUUCCAGGAGUCAACAUCGCUGAUGGCUUUGAUUGCAGAGGAUUUGUCGAAGCUGAAAGCAUAG